AUCCCUGGCCCCCAUAUAACAUUUUAAAACAAAUUUCUAAAAUCUUAUUCCAAAUCAAGAUGGCAAUGUGUACUUAUUUUAUUUGGUUAUUUUCACAUAAACUCAAUGAAAAGUUCGAGACUUUAAGAUAAUUAUUUCUCUGAGAAUAGUGACGGAAUAACUAUCCUGGUAGAUAUGACCAAAGAUAGCUAAUAGAAGUACAGAAGUAACAAGAGAACAAGCAGAUUUUGUUAAUCUCUAUAAAUCUCUAUAUAAAAUGUACAUAUUGACACUUUAAACCUAUCACCAUUGAAAUACUAUAAAACACAAGCAUACACGCUCUCAGGUAUUUUAUUAGUCAGCAGAGUGAUGACGUCAUUACAGGCCAAAUAGCUUUUGGAAAUUUCCACUGUAUGCGAAAGUGAAAAGGUCAAAUCAUAUCAUCUCUCUCCCUCCUUCCUUCCUUCCCUCCCUACCGCUUGCUCUCUCUGUCUCUCUCUUUCUCUUUGAGACAGGGUCUCGGUACUUAGUUCAGGCUGGCUUUGAACUCAGUAUGUAGCCCCAGCUAGGCUCAAACUGGGGAAGAUCCUCUUGCCUCAGCCAGCUGAGACUACAAGCGAGCAUCCCCAUACUAGGCUUGGAAAUAGUUUCGACCUCAGAGAUCCCUCGAAGAAAGGAUUUUGGAAACACUGGACCUCGUGAACCACCAUUUGAGAACUAAUCAAAUCGAUUCAUUUUUCAGAAAAACCUCGGGCGCUCGGCUCGCGCUGGGCUUAACGAAAUGCAGGCUCUAGAAGCGAACCCCACAACGUUCAUCCGUGUCACCAAGGCGGAGCCAUAGCUGGUGACCGGCGACGGGGCUCACCCAGGGCUUGGACAGGAGCCGGGAGACGCCGGCGGAGAUCUGGCUGCCGCAGCUGCUAGACUAUGUUGACGCUUCUGAUUCUACUCAGCCAACUGUCCAUAGUUACCUUAGCGUUUCCUCCUCGCACAAGAAAUCUAAAGGACUUCAGGCAUGAGCCAGAAGACGUCUUUGCAUCAAAGGAAGAAGCAAACUUUUUCAUACAUCGCCGCCUCCUAUACAAUAGGUUUGAUUUGGAGCUUUUCCUGCCCAGCAACCUAGAAAGAGAGUGCUAUGAAGAGUUUUGUAAUUAUGAGGAAGCCAGAGAGAUUUUCCUGGAUGAAGAUAAAACGAUGGAAUUUUGGAAGGAAUACUCAGUUAAAGGACCAACCACAAAAUCAGAUGGCAGCAGAGAGAAAAUUGAUGUUAUUCACAUUCUGAUUGGAAUAAUUGCUGGUGGAGCACUUUUGGUUAUUUUUGGACUGUGUUUUUACUAUGUGUGCAUAACAAGGCGUGAGAGACAACCAUAUUCAGGUUCAGUCACCUAUGAAAGAAAUGGCAGCUCUUCCAUCAAUGUCAGAAGACCUGAGGACGCUAUCAUGUCUCCAUUGCCACUAUCUCUAGAGGACACGGGAUUACCUUCCUAUGAACAGGCAAUGGAGCUGAACAGAAAACGUAGUGUUUCACCGCCACCACCUUAUCCUGGGCUGGCAAAAGGAUUUAGGGUAUUUAAAAAGUCUAUGUCAGUCCCACCUCACUAAGCCCACCCUGCCAUCUCAAUAUAAGAAAUUCAUGUUAUUCACAUGGUUUAUUCUCUCAGAACCAAAAAAAGACAGACUAUUCAGCUCUUCAUGACAAACUGCAAGGAAUAAAGGAAGAAUAAGCAUGUGAAUGUUAUCAUAGUUCGUUCCAUUUACAUCUUGGACUCAAACUUGAUCAUUAUACCUUGAUAAGAGAUUUUGACUCUGUAUCCAUACAGUAAAGAAGACAGCACUUUUUUGGUAAUGUAAGGUUGAGAAAUCUUUGUUAUAGAUCAUGAGAGCCAGGGAACUAUUUGUAUCCUUUGUACAGACAAAGACUGUAGGGUUUUUGUGUUGAAUAUUUAAAAAGUAAGAAUUUCUUUCUUUUUUUUUUGUACCCGGGAUCAAACUCGGGACCUUCUGCUUGUGAGGCAGGUGGUGGAACCACUGAGCUAAGUCCCUGGCCCCAAGAAUUUCUAAUCGUCCACAAUACCCCAAAUUGAUAUUGGACCUAUUUUUUAUUAAGUUGGACAGGAUUGGAAACACUUCAGAGAAUUUGAUAUUUCAAUAUAAAUCUGUGCCCUUUGGUUUAAUAUUUUGAAUUAUUGUGUAACAUUUACUAUAUUUUGCAGGGUUUAGUUCUUAACUUUUUUUUUUUUUUUUUAGCCCUUAACUCUUGUUGUCAGUCCUGUUUCAUUAUAACAAGCAUGGUCAGUAGUUUUCUUUUUCUAAAAAAUACUAUUUACUACCAAGUUAUUUUUUCAGAUGCUAAUGGGUUGCACUGGCAAGGAUUUGCAAAGAUUAUAUUAUCAAUAAAUACGCCCCUCACCUACCAGUUAUUAGAACUGAUAAAGAAAGUUACCUGUUACUGAUGAGUACAUGUGCUGACAUUACUAAAUUAUCUGUACCUAUGCCUACAUCUACUUAUAUCUAUAUGUAUCUAUGAUAUGUACAUUUAAGGAGAUAAAAAAUAAUGUACUCCUAAAAACUAGAAUAGGAAAGUCUGUUCUUUAUGAUUUUUCCAGGUACUGCAUUUUUCCUGUUAUUUAAGAUCAUUUAGAAAAUGUUAUUUUGGGGCCGGGGAUUUAGCUCACUGGUUCUGGUGCCUGCCUCGCAAGCACAAGGUCCCAAAUUCGAUCCCUGGUACCAAAAAAAAAAGAAAAUGUUAUUUUGUUUUAUAAGUUUCACAGAGGUGUAAUUUAAACCCACAUGCAUUUGAUAAUUCCUACUAAUUAAAUGUUUAGAGAGUAUACAUCAUAUUAUAGUGCAUGUGUGAGUAUAUAAGUCUCUCUCUCUCUCUUUCUUUUUUCCUUACUGUACUGAGGAUUGAACCUAGGGCCUUUACACUAAGCUACAUCCCCAGCCCUUUUUUAAUAUUUUGAGACAGGGUCUCACCAAGUUGCUGAGUUACCCAGGCUAAGCUCAAACGUUUGACCCUCCUGCCUCAGCCUCCCAGAGUGCUGGGAUUACAGGCAUAUGCCAACAUAUUUGGCUACGGGUCUCUCUUUUUAGGCAGUAUGCUCUUCAUUAAGGCAGAUCAAAGUAAAGCCUUAAUCAUUAGAUAAUGCAAAGACUUUAUCCUUUUAGAUUCUCAGAGUCUCUGGCAGCUUGUCAUACUAAAUCAUCUAACAACAUGUAGGUUUAAUUAGGAAAAGUGACUUUUUUAAAAGCUACCCACAUUACUUAUAAAAUUUGCUAUUAGUCAUCUCUUGACUUGGCAUAAACAUUUGUUCUCUUAUAAGUAUGCACUUUUCACUCAUUUGAACCAUCCUUAAAAGUUUACAAAGUUGACUUUACUCAGACUAAGGCAUAAUUGAAAUCUAACAAAUUAAUUAGAGCUGGGUUUAGAAUGAACACACUAGUCCCAUCUCAUACCUACAAAAUUAGACUGCCUUUAAUUAUAACCCUGGGAUCUUGUUACUUAAUUCUGAAUCCAUGAUGAAAAUCUACAAGGACUUCUCGUACAUAUAUAUAUUAUAUAUAUAUAUAUAUAUAUAAUAUGUAUAUGCAUAUGUAGUCUUACACAUAUAUGAGAAAUACAUGGGUAAAUAGAAAUCAAAGAUAUAUGUGUAUCUUUUACUGAAUCAUAACUUGAAAUAUUCCGUGAACUCAUUUACUUCUAUUGACUCCCAGAAGUCUAACUGCAAAACUAGCUUCGGAACCUGUGACAGCCGCACCCUGCCCCGACUGGCCUAGUCUGUUGUCUGCCAUCACUUAGUGCAAGACAGAUGCUAUAAUUUGAAUGAAUCUAGAAUUCAUCUUUGGCAUUGUGAAGUCAUUGGUAUUUAUACAGCAUCAGUGUUGAGACUGUGAUACUUUAAAUAUAAAAAGGAAAUAUGUGAUAGAACCGUUGCUGACAGAUGCUUGUAAUGAUUGAAAGGAAAAUAUCUCACUAUUUUGAGAUAUAGUUCUGUCUCAUUCACCUUUUUCUAUUCCUGUCAUAUGUUUGAUGGUGGAUUUGUGGUUUGGUCUGAUUGGUCUAUUUUGCUUGUGCUUAUUCUUCAGGCAAUUGAUUACUGUUAAUCAUCAAAGCUAUUUUCACACACAGUUCUCUAUAUAAUUAGAACAGUUUUCUGCUCUAUUACAAUUAGGAAACGAAUGGAAUAUGAGUAUAAAAAGAGAACUGGACUUGAAAGAGACAAGUACACAUUUAUAAGGUUGUACUUUUAAUAGAUAAGAUAAUUCUACAUAGAAAUAUCCUCUUUGGAAAACUCUGUGUCAAAGUUUUUAUCUGUUAAUAAUGUAUCCUCUGAAAGCCAGGCAUGGUGGUACAUGCCUUUGCUCGUAUCAUUCAGGAGGCUGAGGCAGAGAGAUCACUGCUAAUUUAGGCUAGCUUGGGCAACAUAGUGAAUUCCAGGACAGCUUGGAAUAUAUACUGAGACCCUGUGUCAAAAAAAAAAAAAAGUGCCCUCUGAGUAAAUACAGAGAGAGAAA